AUGAGACAGGUGGGAGAUUAAUUUUCAUUUACAUGUCAAGAAAUUUAAAAUUAUGAUCCCUGCCACCCUGCACAGUCUGGUCAAUUCAGUCCCAUAAUAUAAGCUUAACAAAUUUGAACGAAUCAAGAAUUGUUAAAGAAAAAACGGAUUCUGCGAAAGCUGCAUUUUCUUUUUCGCUACUUUCGCGCUGGGUAAAGGUUUAGGGAAAAACACAGCAAACUUUAGCUCAUCACAGAUCUGGAGCCCCCCCCUCUAGUGUUUAAGGAUGGUUUCAAAUUAAUUCUAUCGUGGAAUCAAAAUGUUUCUUUGUCUAAGCCUCAUGCCUUGACAAAUACUACAUUUUGUGCUUCAUUUUUGAACUGAACUUAAAAUUUACCAUAUCUAAUUACUGGUUUUCACACGACGCCAUCAAAAUUCAAACUAAGCGUUUUUACUUUCAUCAUGUAUUAGAGCAGUUAAAAGCUAAUAUUUUAACAAAUUUUUACUUCGAACUGGUCCCUCAUUUUGUGAUGCAGUACCCUUGAAUUUCUAAGGUUUUGCGUGACGCGGCUUUUUAAAUGGCGGCCGAGAGAGCUGUCAUGUAGGUUGAAAAAGUGACUUAUUUUGAGGGAUUUAGCUUUCUCUCGGAAAAAGUAUUACUUUAAUGUUCAAGUUAAGAGUUCCUCGAGAGAAGAAUUCACGCUUUCGCAGCAAAACUCGGAGGCAGCUGUUUCUGUUUGUUCAGUCCGGCUGCCAUUACGGUGCCCAUCCGGAUGGACACCAACAUGGCUUUUCCAUACAAAGCUCUAUAAAUUUUGGUCUUUAUCCGUUGAAGGUUUUGAUAUCUAUUUUUAAUGGUGUGACACUGAAAACCAGCAAUAUGUUCUACAAUCUUUUACACGGAUUAUUUUAAACCUUGUCCAAAUAUAAUUGAUUUUUAGGACUGGAACAAUCCAGAUCUGACGUGGAACCCAAACGACUUUGGGGGAGUGAAAACUGUUUUCGUGGAACCGACAAAAGUGUGGGUCCCAGAUGUAUUGUUGUACAACAAGUACGUAUUAACAAAAACAAAAAUAAAUAAAAGUUGUGAAACUUGGUUUUUUAGAGGCGUUACAAAUAUUGAGGACUUUCGUUGGUGAAUCACAAAAAAAAACCGGAUUAUCAAAAAUGUAUCCUUACAUUUUACGUUUCCAGUAGACGGCGCAAAUAGUACUGAAAUGGUUCGUCUUUCAAAGGGUCGAAUUUAGUUUUUUAGUUUACAACAUCUUAAAGAUUACUUAAUUUACACCUUUUAGUUAUUUACAAAACUCAAUUUUUGAUUCUUGACGUACCCGCGAGCACAUCAGAAAGCCUGUUCACUUAUAAGGAGACAUUUAUUAUUGAGGCUCAUAUGCUCGAUAUACGUCAGCUUUGAUAGUUCUUUCAGGACUUCAUCGGACCGUAAACUGUCUGCCUGUCGAUUAGAAAUCUCGAGUAAGUUUUUGGUUUUACUACGAUCGUUAUAAAUUGUAGUGUCCUUUCCAGUGCUGAUAAAGACAAGGAUAUGGCUGGUGGAGUGGAGAAAUACAAAACAAAAGUUUCUGUCUCCUUUGAUGGCAACAACACCUGGAUGGCUCCUGCUAUGUUCCAAAGUAUCUGUGACAUUGAUAUCCAGUAUUUUCCUUUUGAUGAGCAAAAAUGCCACUUGAAGUUUGCUUCCUGGGCUUAUGACGUGUCCAAACUGGAUGUUUUUCUGAAUGACAAAGAAACGGGUAGACUGGAAGGAAUUUACCAGCCAUCCAAUGAAUGGAUCCUGUUGAGCGUUGAUGCAGAAAGGAACGAGGUAAGUUGCACCGCCACAAAUACUGCUUUUACUUGAAACUCAGCUCUGUUGUGUUGGCCAUACCACAGCAAAUUUGAUUAAAGGGAUCUAAUUUGAAACUAAGUAUCAUAAAAAGAGACAGACUAAUACCGGCAAUCGUUUCAGUUGGUGUUUUUAUUGGUCUUCAUUCUCACGCGCCCCUGCAACAAAUGUUAUUCUGACAAGUGUCCACUAGAAAAAUGCCACACCAGGGACUUGAUAUAUCCUCAAAAAAAAAUCCUUUUCAUACAAGGUAUCUACCAUGAAUAGUCAUGAUACCAUGAGUAGGAGUAGUAGAGCGAGCGAAACGUGAGCGCUCGUGAAAAUCACCCCACGCGAGAAAAGGCUACAUUCGGUCGCGUGGGGUGAUUUUCACGCACUUUCACGUUUCGCUCGCUCUACUGUCCCUGAGGGAAAAUGGGGGACCACUCGUAGUCUAUCAUUUCACCUGCACAGGUUUCCGUGCUGAUAUUGUCUUAUAAUGAACUCCUGUUUAAUCAUGAAGUUAAAUGUCACACGCUUAUCAUAUCAUUUUAGGUAAAGUACCCAUGCUGCACAUACCCUUACUCGGAAGUUCUCGUUACGCUAAAUCUGGAGCGUCGUUCAAGAUAUUACAUCAUCAAUUUGGUGUUUCCUUGUGCACUUAUAGCCUGCAUGGUGUUCUUUACUUUCGUGCUGCCACCGGAGUGCGGCGAGCGGGUAUCCCUGUGCAUUACCAUCCUCAUGGCUAUGACUAUCUUCCAAGAACUGACAUCAACUAAACUACCACCGAGCUCCGAUUCCUUCUUCCUUAUUGGUGAGUAUUGUAUGUCGAGCCUAAUUACGGCUUCGAUUGAGAUAUUGGCGCGCUCGCGAGUGAGAGAUCGAUAAGAAUUCCAGUGAGGACUGUAAAUUACUUUCUGUGAUUACGUUAUUUACUUAAUAGGUAACUUCUGAUGGCUUGUAGAUUAGUAUGUUGUUUAAGUCUGUGAAUGCGAUCCAAAAUUACCGGGUUCUCUUGGUGCGUCUAUGGAUGAAAUUCUGAAACGUGUGAGCAGUAAUUUCUUGUGCGCGUACUUUUCAAUUCUCAUGCUGUUGAAUUGAAAACUGGGUGUGGCCAUUCAAAUGAAAGCUGUGAAAGCUACUGGACAGUAUUUAAUUACCUGUAGUGCGGUUUAUUUUGGUGUGCAAUGUUCUGCAACUCUUAACUUUGCAUAAAUUUAUCGUGCUUUUUCUCUUUUGUAGGGACAUAUUACACGGUCGCAAUAUUUGAGAUUGGUAUGGCAAUUGUAGCAACUUGCAUUGUUUUGAACUUCUACUACAGCAAAACAAAAAUGCCAGGUUGGGUCAAAACUAUUUUGCUCAAAACAUUGGCACCUCUUGUCAAAGUGAAAAUAAGAUCAAGACGAUUUUCUACUAAAGACAGCCAAAAAUCCACAGACAGUGCGCAUGCGCUCGACAUAAUCCACAACCCCACGUUCGACACCUUCAAUCUUUCGGACGGCGGAGUCAGUUGGGGAGGAAUUACAGACGUUUUUGAACAAAACCAGAACGUAGCGAUGACGUCAGUGAACCUUAGAAAGGACAGUCUUGGCUCUGACGCAGAGGAGGAAGAAAACACUGAAAACCCUACCUUAAAAAUGAAUGGCGUUUCGCACCGAAAGAAAGUGACUAGGCUUAACGACAAAACUCAAAACAGAGAAACAACUUCAGAUGGCAAAGAGCCGUCAUCUUUACAGCAGAUGAUUGAGUGGCAAGAUGAAUGGCGGGCUGCUUCAAAAGUUUUGGACCGAGUAAUUAUUAUUUUUUCAAUAGUCAUCGGUUUUGUCUCCUUUGCUAUUAUUUUUCUGCAAGCCCCGAAAGUAAGACAACUAUUUGCUAUUUCGUAAAAACGUUGUUCAGAAAGGCAUCCACGUGAAAGAAUCUAACAUAGGGAGCUUAAGCAAAGACGACGACGACGGCAACUAGAACGUCAAAAAAACAGUUAGAUUAGCAAAACAACAACUUUGCACGUGCAUCAAGUUUGUUUGUCUUUUUCUUUGCCGUCACUGCACGACUACGACGUAACGUUUUGUGGAGAACGUGAACAAGACAACGACUUUCUUUUUCUUUUUCCAGAACUUCGAUACUUCCUUAUGCCUGACAUCAGACAGAGCUGAUACUCAACUUUCAUAAGCGAAGUGUAAUUUAAACUUCCAAAUAGUAAUCGUUACGAAACCAAAUAAUAGGACAAUUGCACGAUGACGAUAUUUGACUACAACUACCAGAAUUCUUUUUUGUUUUGCUUUGUUAUUUAAAUUUGUCAAUCCCGCUGAGGAUUAAAGAACAAUAGCCUUAAUUUGCACAAGAAAACAACAAACUCAAGGAUUCUGGUGGUUGUAGUAAAAUGACGUAAUCGUGCAAUUGUCCUGUUGUUACUAAAUGAGCUGGGAUGAAAUGUCGAAUUUCAGGUACCUGCGCGUUUCGGCCGUAAAUCGCUUGGCCACUCGGACUUUUAGAGAGAAAGAAACAACAACAAAGAGGAGUCUUUACUUCGAUUAAAUUUAAAUGUCAACAUUGACGUGGAUAACAGAGAAAGAGCUAGAGCCAGUGAUGAAAAAGAAAGGAGACUAAUUUUUUUGGAAGAGAAACAGGAACUGAUUUUAUAGCGGCGGUGCGAAAAUGAAAAAUUUUAACGGCCACCAAGGUGAAAAUGAGCGGGCAGUGAAAAAAAAUGCGAACAGGAACACAUACGACAUUUCUUCCAUAAAACGUUGUGUAUCUAGGCCGACGUUGUAGUCGUGCAAAACAUCGCCAAAGAAAUGUACAAAAAGGUGUGCUGUACGUGCAAAAUUUUUGGCUAAUUAGACCUAUAGAUUUAUUUUGCCGUUUUGUUUGAGAAGCUACAAAUAUUAACGAGAGCUUCGCUUUUAGCCCCGGCUAAAUGUAGUAUAGAGUGUAUAGGAAAGAUACAUGAUGAACAGUUAAAUCAGUUAGAAGAACGCAGGUUCUUUUGCUAAAAGCAGUUACACAGACAUGCCAAGCCGCGCAUGCGCAUACACUGACAACGUGUCCGUUUUGCAAUUUUGGUAAAAGCGUUUUGAAAAUUUUCAUAAGCUCUGGGCUACAAACAUCUCCUAUGAGAACGGCUGAUAUAACGUCUGAGAAAAUAACUAAAACAAGACAAAUUCUUGCACAAAAACUUCAUUCCCGCCUCCCUCUUCUCAAUCAAGAUAGGCGCUUAAUAGAGGGUACUAGGAAGAUACAUUUAUUACCAUAAUUUGCAUAAAAAACAUUUGCUUUUCUUGAUGGAUAAAACUUGUAUCAAAUGAUGUGAAUCAGAUUUUGUAAUGUUCGCUUUUGGUAAAACUAUGGCAAUCAAAGAAAUACAGGGUGUUUCAAAAGUUCGUUCCGAUUUAAAAUUGUAUUUUGAGCAAAGCAUUUGAUACUUCUUUCGGCAAGUGUAAACUGAUUCAGGGGAAAAAUUUACCUAAAUAACCAUUCAAAGCAAUUUCAAACUAAAAUUUGAAGAAAAUAUAAUUUUUUUAAAUUUUUGCCUGAACUGUACACCGUACGCGAGGUUUUUCCCGCCACACUUUUCCUCCCAUUUUGUAGGUUUUCUAUUUUGGUAUUUUUAUCGUUUUCUUAUAUUUUCUCUAUUCCUUCAUGAAAAUGAAGGCCUACAUGGUUCAGUGCUAGAGCUCAGGCAUCUAUUUAUAUGGUCUUCUGGCCAUUCAGUCGAAAAAAAAAAUGCCAAAUUGUUGAAGAAGUCUGAACGAUGACCGAACAAGUGGUCAAAAGUAAAGACCUUAGAAAACAAACCAAACAUGAGUGGAUGGCCGUUUUUCACAAAAUGUGCACGUGCGAGAAAUAUUAUCGAAAAAGCUGUAAGUAUAUGCGUAAUAAUUCCACAAAACAGAAAGGUAAAAAAAUUUCAACUUCACAUUAUCGAUCAAAGUUUCCAGCACGACAGUAUGGGGAUAAGUUACCAAAAAAAGUUGGAAAGCCUUGAAGAGAAAAAAGCGGUGCACACUUCAUGCAAGCAUGGUGUCAGAAGGAUUUGCCAACUUUAUACCAAAGGAGGACUGGCCGGCAAACUCACGAGACGUGAACCCCCUACAGACCAUCUGGAUUAUCGUAGACGAGACAACAUACAAAGAUCCAGCCCCCAAAACACUGGAUGAGCAAAACAGUGACUACGCUUCGCCUGGAAGAAUGUGACUUUGGACACGCUUCGGGAGCUCGUACAUUUCAUACCUCACCGCUUAGAAAUUGUCAGAAAACGUACGGGAAGACAUUCUGGUUACUUAUAUUUUAGUUAUUCAAUGUUAAAUGAAUAAUGAAUAACAUACUAAGUUUUAGAAAAGGUAUUUUUUAAUAAUUAGUGAAAUUUAAGCGAAUAAAAAAUCGGAACGAACUUUUAAAACACCCUGUACGCCUUCUAUGAUUUCGAAAGUGAACACUGAUGAUCCUCGCAUUGAAAUGACAACCUAAGUGGUUGAAAAAAUUCACGCUAGAUCGGGAAUUUUUUCAGGUUGUUGUUCAACUGCCUAGGUUGUUCGGCAUUCAACUACGAGGAUCAUGUUCACUUUCAUAUCUUUAUCCGCAGUUCAAAAAUAAAUUAAUAUGUUUCAUUUCAUAUAUUUCAAAGAAAUAGUGUAAGAGAACCGACGACCGGCUAUAUGUCUUCGUAAGCAUGACUGUUCCCAAUUACUGAAUUCUCACACUGACGACCUCAAAGCUACGCUACUAUCCUGGCCUAUUGCCCAGACUGUUCACAGCCCCAACCUCGUUCCCAGGUUCUCCCUCGCUCCGAAGGGGCGGGUAGGAGGGAACCCUGGGAAGAAGGUUACGCAGUCCUCUAUUUUUCCCUCGUCUGGGAUCGAGCGCCGUUUGCGUUACGGGCGGCCAUCCUCGGGUCUCAAAUGUUCUUAGUCUAGCCUGGGGAUGAGUGGUGGUGGGGGACGGUUUGGAAGGAGGCGACUACAGCAAAUCCGACUGAUCCAGAAGUGCUCUUACCUCGCGAUAAGAACCAAAAAGAAUAGUGAGUGAUAUCGAAACAUUAAUUUAUAACUAACAGCCCGGCAAAAGAGCGGCCAAUCUUUUGUAGCCAUUGCCCCUCCUUUGAACUGGGAAAACCGCCCUCAGGCUAAAUCAACCUUACGUUUCACAAAUAGUUUUUACGCGGGUUACUUGAUAAAAUUUCCGUUUGUAUCAUUUUGGCGAAAUUAUCUCUCUUGCCCGGUCUUAGGACCGUAUUCUUCGAUCAGGUAGCAGUUGCCGCUUUCGCAAAAACAGUGGUUUUGGUUUAAGAUAUCUAAAACUAAAGUGGGGUUACAAUGGCCAACUCCACUGUUUCGACUACUAGGCCCCUUUUUUACUUCUGUUUUUUUUCCUUGAGUUCUAUAAUGUUUUCUCGUCUUACUUGAUUUAUCUUUGCCACUUUUUCCGGUGCGCACGUGCACCUGCAAACAGUUUCUAUCUUUUCUGAUAUGGAUGUGCGUGCGCUCUCAGAACGUCAUGAGUGAUGUAUACUAAGUGAUAAAAAUAGACAACACACCACUGCUCUUGCGUAGUUUCCUGUGGAUUCCAAGCUUACGCUUUUACUUUCUUUUUAUGGCUGCUACAAAGUGAGGCUUGUUUGAUUUGCUGGCCUUUGACCUUCGGCAUCGUAACCUACCGCAAAGACUUAGCAGGUGCCAUGUAAAAUGAGUUUGUAAUUGGAAAAAGCUCAUAUAUCCACCUAGUACCUACAAAUCGAUUCAGAUGCAUGCGUGCGCAUUUGGAAUUUACCUGUUAUCAUAUUCUUGAUGUUCAUCGGGUUUUUUCUUAAGUUAGCUUAUCGCUAGAUGAAAUCAUUGCAUGUGGAUGCUAUACUACGCCUGAAGAAAAUAUCCGUUAGAAAUAUUGUGAAUAUUACAAAAGAAGGAAAUGAAAUGAAUUAACAAAAGAAAUUUAAGUUGUUGUUUGUACUAUAAAAAAACACUUUCGUGAAAGACUCCGUGAUUUCCAUGGUAUUCUUGAUAUGAUCGAAGUAGCAUGGCUGUCAAUUUACAUUCUAUUUAAUUUCACUUCUCUAUAUUGACUGUUUCCAUUGUUGUAAAGAAAAACUAUUACUUUUUCUUGAAAUGUGUCCAUAUAGAGCCAUUAUUGCACUCCGGUGAGAUUCAAUUUAUAUUAAAAAGCAAGGCACUUAGGUGUUGUAUUAAGUUAAAAUGCGCUUCGCUCGAAAAAGAUCUAAAAAAACUCCUAUCAAAGUCCUCAUCAUUAAAACAAACUCAGGUUCAUCAGUAAGCCACUCCCGCUCCCUUUAUACGGACUAAAACAUUGCUCUAUGAACACGAAAAAAAAAUUUAAAAAGUCGCUUAUUAACGUAGAAUAACUCGUUAAUAACCUUUUGACAAAGAGUUCUGGUUAAUAAAUGCAAAUUGAAUUUACUAUGGAUUUGCAUCGGAAUAAGUUGUGUCUAUUGUAAAUCAAUUUAGAGGUGAAACGACGAGGAACUAGUAGGCCGAAGUCUGACGUAAAAAAGCGUCCGCUCAAUGAAAAAUCUUCGUUUGGUCUUUUUCAUUUCAAAGCGACAAGACAAGGAUAAAGUUCCUUCGUUUUUUCUUACGUUAGAAGAAUUUUCAAGUUCUGUAUUCCGGCCCACUGGAAAGAAACUUCACACAGGAGGUCAGCUAGUUCGGUAAGAUAACUACUAGAACUCAUUGAUCAUGCGUUUCUUUUUAUAACACAAGAAGCUUGAAGCUAAGCCCAGUUACCUCGAUACAGGAGCAACUGAAAAGAGGGUGAGGCUGUGUUUCAAUCUUGUUUUAGAUAUGUUUUUAUGUAAUUGAUUGUGUUCGAUGUAGCAUCGUUUUGGUGCAAGAUUACGGACGGGUUAAUUCGUGGGCCUCACUCGAACUGAGGUCGAUUGAUUACUUGAAAGACCGGUAGGUCAGGACGGCCAGCACUUACAUCAAGAGGAUACUUAAAAAAAAAAAACACACACACACACACACACACAAAAGUAAAGAUAUCUGAAUUAUAUUUUCAACUCCGCCGUGAACUUUGAAAAGCGAGUCAACACCAAUAAUGGAUGCAUGUUCUAGUAUAAGCAAGACGAAGAAUCGUUUUAGCAUCUUAGCGAACAUUAUCACCUCAUUUGUUAACAAAGAUUGGUUUCUAACCCUCAUUUUUGCGCGUGAGUAAGGUGCUUAUUAUCUUAUUGUAUUUCCCACUCUAAAAUUUUGCAGGUAUAAUAUCUUCCAUCUUUUUUGUCCCCUUCACUGAUUUGAGCUUUGUCUGGCUUUUACUAAAAUGUCUCCACGUUCAAGCAUGUACGGUGGUGGACAGAUCCGUGGAAAAUAUCUGACUUCAUCUAGAUUCAAUCGAAAUGCCUCAGCGAUUUUUUUCUGCAUGUGAACACUCAAAUGAAUUCAAGCUUCUUCAAAUAAUCUCGCGGUGAAGCUUUAAAAGCAUGUUUGAGCCAUAAUAUCCGCUAUGUUUUAUUCCAGAACCGGCUAAAUAAACUAAGAUUAUUGUGGGUCUCUACCACUCUGCCUCUGCUUUUAUUUUUUUCUGAAACGGCCAAUGAAAUCCUGUCUAGCUAGUUAUUCGUGCUUAGAUCUGGAGAAUAUUAAUUUCUACCUUUUGAACUAAAACUUCCUGCCUCGCAUGUCUAAAGAAACUUGAUUAGACUAUACUCGGAGAGCGUGAUCGACUAUCGCGGAUGAAAAUAAACCUCAAUGUUUUUUUUUUUUGCCCAGGCACUUUGUCGUUUCCGAGAGGCAAACUGAGUGAGGGCAGUCCCGUCUUAGGUCAUGUUUUUUGUUAUUUUUGUUUAAAUAGCUAACUAUAAAAGACAACCUUCAUGGUUAAAACGCUUGCCCUGCAGGGCCGGAUAUUUUAAAACAAAACACUUUGACCUAACCACCACCAGAUGAGAACACAUGACUCAGCGACUUCAUGCUUGUAAAUACAGUUGAUUUCUAGCCAGGGAGCAUCUAGCUUCUCUCUUGACAUAUUUCUAGCGAUAACUUAGACAGCUUAAAUUCGCUGAAACUUGCUUAUGAAAGCGUAAAAAGCAACCAAAUAUACGUACGUCAAGUUAGCACUUAUAUUUUUAUAACGAUAUAGUUUGGCCGAUUGAAAACUUCCAGUGGCUUAUUUCAUUAGCCAUUUGCCUUUUGUCUAUACAAUGGGUUUGCGUUUCGUUCAGACUUUUUUCAACAAAAUGAAUUCCUUUUUAUAAUUCUGUAGUACCAGAACAUAAUGAGUAAAGCGAACUGAAUAUAUGUAUAAAUCUAUGUCAUUAAAUCCUAAUCAGUUUUCUUCGGAAUACAUCCACAAAAAGCGCGGCGCAACCACUAAGAAAAAUUGACGUUAAUUUGUUUUCCUGGAUACAAUUGUCAAAAGAAAGUGUGCCAAUGGAAAGAUAAACAGUUAUUUCAAAGGUCUUUAAUGACCGUAGUGAAUACCUUGCAUGGUAUUUAUUUUUUAGCAAAAUAUUACAUUUUUUUUGUCCAACAUACUGAACCUAAUUCGCCGAGAUUAGUUAGAUUUAAGUUGCUGUAAUUGAAAGAUUAUUUUAUUUCACAGUUAAUACGACAAUGUCAAAACCCAUAUUUAAUGCGGACUGCUGUUGCCAAACGCGUCUUUUUCAGAACAUUUCUUUAAGACCUUAUUACUGAAAAUGUUAUGUGCUUUUUGUACUUAGUCAGAGCAGGUGACGUCCACGGCUUAACUAGAUAGAAAAAAGAAACAAAGUAAAAUCUCAUUUAAUGGCAAUGAAACGGUUGCUAAGGAAGCUUGGGAGUGAAUCUCUUUUUCAAGCUCAGUCCAUAUGUGGAAAAACAACAAAACAUUUAAUCACUUAUGACAUGCGAGUCGGUUCUUCACCUGUCUUAGACAUAUUUAUUUUGAGGUGAAAACGUCCCUUUUGAUGACAGACUUAUGUGUUUCGCCUAAAAGGCGCUCGGAACAUAGCUAAGAGCAAAGAGAGUGGUCAUGCAAUGCACUCUGCGUCACCCGGACUCAUGAAACACACAACGCGAGGAAGUAUGGUAGAAUUUUAUAUUUACAUGUAAUAGUAAAUUUGAUUGCGAUCUUCAGUAACCUCAGCGAAAUUGUCGAAGGUAGGUUGAUGAGUUUAUCAUAUAUGCAAAAAUUAGACAAAUCUCCAGUAUCUAUUGUAUUUCUGUUUCUACGUCAGAAAACUCUUAGUGCGGAUAAGCCAAUUUUUCAUGGCUCUCACUUCAGGCUUUCGCCUGUUUCUCACAGGUUAUACAUCACUUUAAUUUUAUGCCUUUUUUGAACUGUUCGCGAUUAUCAACCGUUCGAAAAUUGGAAAAUAUAUACACAUAUACAUAUAUAUCACUUUAUUUAGUGGCUCGGUUUUGUCAACGAUUUUGAAUCAAUGAACAUAUUCCGCUCAAUCUCCUGUCAAUUUUGAUUCCCUGAAAUGAACACAGUUGUUAUUUCCAAAUGGCUUUCCAUACUGACUUAACUUUUUUUCACACGACAGCAUUUGUUUUGCUGUUUAUUUUAUUUUUUCAAAAAAAGGGCAAUGGAUGUCUCAUUUAAUUUCCUUCAAUAGCCAAAAAACGUAAAAUUGUGUGUAGGUUUUUCUAUUUUCCUGAACUGAGAAAAAGGAAAAAAGAGAAAACGGCUCCAAACGGUGCGAAGAAAAUUUCCACUGAGGGAUCUAAGCAUUGCUUAAUUAGUAGUUGCUUGAAUAAACGCUUUGUCUGACUGGUGCUGUGACCUCGUUACCAUACUGUACGCAGGAUCCUACGCGCAAUACAAUUCAGUUCUUCAAAUCGGGAUUCUUUUUGCUUCCCACGAUCGCGGGGGCGGGGGAGCUUUAGGAGGUCUCCUCCUAUCUAACUUCAAAACCACGGCCACCAACAUUACACAGAAUAAAGUUCCCAUCAUUUCCAACAUCUAUGCAUAACUUGAUUGACACAAUGACGUUAUUUGAUGUCAUUAUCACGUCAUACUCGUGAAUUUAUAAACCUUCUUCAAAAAUGACAUAAAAAUCUUUGUUGUACCUCAAUAACUUUGCAUAAGCAUUGUUUUCAAUUUCUCUUGAGACUUACAAUCGCCCAAGCAAAAUUGAAAACAAUGCUUAUGCGAAUUUUUGGAGGGACAACAAAGAGUGUUAUGGGAUUUUUUUUUUCGGGCGAAAAGAAAUGGUUGCUUGAUCAAUAAAUGAUAAUUUUACGCUGCAAAACUACCGUAGCCAAAAGUGCAAAUUAUAUCAAAUGAUUGCUUUUAUCGGGAAAUAGAUGCCUGGAAGUUAUGCUAGUAAUGACGACUCAUGCCAAACGUGCUAGCACAAUUUAUCAAAGCCUACAGUAAGCAAAGGAAGAAAGAAACUGGAAAUGAGACUUGGAGCCUAAAGCGGGACGCUCUGCUGUGAAGGAAAGAGCAUCUACCAUUUGUCCUUCGUGUACCUGUGGCGGCUUACUAUCAUUCAGAAUAGUAAGUUUCAGAAAAUUCCGAUUUUUUAAGUAGAUGGAACGCCACUCUCAGGUCGUCGUUCCAUUAGAAAUGAUAGAGACCUUACGAUCCCACAACGGCGACUCUAACGAGAAUAUCACUGAUACACUGACAUCGCGCUUUUUCAAACAUUUUCUGCGGUAUUUCCGUGGAGCUUAAGGGUACGGCCGGACUGUGCCGAAGCUGAGAAUAGAUCUGAGUAAAACUGAUCGCUUAACCGUUCACUUUCUUAAGAAAACUCAAAAUUUAAUCAGUUCACGUCGUAGUUGUGCCAGUAUGACAAUGAAACAAAAUGAUUCAGAAAAAAGCGUUAUGCACGUACAGUCGAGUUGUUUUUUCUCUCUAAACCACUUGCCUUUUUUGAAGAAUCCGUUACCAUCGCCGUCGUAGUGGGAAGCUCCUUAAGGCCGAGUGCAAAGUAACCUGUGAAAGGCAGUCUCAGCUUCUUAAAAGCCAGUGCAUGGUUUCCAUAUAACUGUAACUAGUAUAAUUGUCAAGAUUGUCUUUGUCUUGCUAAUCACCUCAAGAUAUGUUCAGACAACCUAGACGACGAGUGAUAUUUGGGCCCGUUUGGACGACCGGAGCAAUAGCAACCAUUUGGAUAGAGCUGGAAUCUUGGCGGACUCGGAUCAUAGUCGGCGAUCAUAGUCAACGUAACGACUCACAGACGAUUGGAGCAAACAGAUCCAAAUGUUUAUACAAGCGUUCAACAUUUCCCCAAAGAUCAACGCAUUCUAGUAAAGUAACAAUAUCUACCCCUGAACCCAAACUUCUGGUGGACGAUCGAUAUGAGCUUUUCAGUAGGGAAUUAAGAUAAAUCUUUGCAUUGUGUUUGCAUGUUUCUGGUUGCCAGAAAUCAAAUCAGUGCAGACUGAGAUAACAAUUCAGACAUCAGAGCUGAAACUAUUUUCUCUUUAGUCCCGCGUUUAAUAAAUGUAUUAUGUCACUGACGGUGUUGUAACUUCGCUUCCGCCCUCCGGCUUUCGUUUCCCCACGACACUAAUUCAAGUGUUUGCGCUGGCUCUUUUAACCCAGUCCACCACUCCUUUCCAAUAUGAGCUUAUGUUUCGCGGGAGAUGUCACCCUGGGUCUCAUUUCAUGCAUUUGUGUUGCAACAUAAUUGACGGAGAAGUUGCUAGCAUUUAACUGUGGUGUGAUGUGGCCAUCAGAAAGUCGAAGCACGUUUUUAGUUAAUUCAGGUGUCGAUUUUUGUUGCUAGGUUUAUCAUGUGGGCGAUAUAAUUCACCACUGCGGUCACAGGGGAGAAAAGUUAAGAGGAACUUAAUCUGGCGCACAGGUACCUCAAAAGUAAAUACAUCAAUCUGAAUAUGAAAAAGAAACGAGAUAUAGCGCGAAAAUAAAAUUGUAGUAAUAUAUAUCUCAAAUUCAACUUUAUUCGUAGUUCGUUCGUCAUAAGGAUUAUGAUUCCACAUUGAUAUCAAUUUAUUUUGUCACUUUCGGCUACUAUUUACAAUCAAGUUAUUCUUGUUGUUAGCUUAAAACUGAAAUGUUGUCUUCACGGAUGCCUCAGUUAUUGAAUUAUUUAUUUGUAUAAGUUGCUUUUUCCGGACGUAAAUUAAAAAACUGUUUUGUCUUUGCGUGAUACCUGUUAUAAAACGUCUUGGUUCUUGAAACAAUGAAUAUUGGUAUAUAGAGCUAGUGAAAAAAAUAGCUAAUUGUUGUUUGUAGAGAAAAUCAUCAUUACACAUCAUACUGCUAGAGUAAGAUGCUAGCCAUACCUCAGACCGAAAAUCAUUCUUUAUGGCGUCUUAUCUGAACAAGCAUGCACUUUCGUUUUUAAUAUACCUAUUAUAUUUAACCAAAGACACCUGCUAAAUGAAUUAAUAAACACCUCGUUGGUUAAAUUCAGUAGGAAGAACUAACGCAUAGACGCGUGCACCCAAAAUAGAGAGAAAGCGGAAAGAAAAACCCUCGUGGUUUGAAUUUCAUCUCCCAACGAGUAAGGUUUAAAGUAAUUUUCCGGAUCUGAAGUCGUCGUCGUUAAGAUCCAUAACACUGAAUUGCUACUCCUGCAAAGCAACGUUAACUUCACCUGUAUCAAGAUUCUUUGGUAUGGCGUGCGUGGCGUUAAGUUUAGUUUUUUCUCGGCGUAUAAAUAGAGAGGAUUUUUGUGUUUCAUUCAUGUACUGCUUGAAAAAUGUUUGAUAUAUCUGAGAGUAAUUCCUUCCGAAACAGGAAUUCGCAUAUAUAAAACGUUUCGCAUGAAAAUUCAGCUGCAUUUGGAUUUGCAAAAUUUUCAGGUCCUUUAUCCGCUGAGGUAAGUUUAUUUAUUUAUUUAUUUCUUCUUUUACGGCAGGCAAACUUAAAAAUAAGGGCGCUUUCCAAACCGGGUCAGAACACAUAAUAGGCUUUUUACCAGGGUGUUUUUUUUUUCAUGAAAAACCAUCCUCAUGCAUACUAUUUUAGAUUUGACCAAUCUAGCUGGAAAGGAAUGGUCUGGUCUGUAAGUUCUGACAAAUGAAAAGCGCCCUUACACUUGACACAACUGAAAAGCGAUAGCAUGGGGCUUUGAGAAAGUUUAAGGUAACUAGGAAUCCUGUAAUAAGAAGACCAGUGAUUUUACCAAGUGGUGGUGCAAACUGCAUAAAUUAAUCAAGCUAGGGGAAGUUAUUAAUCAACACAAAAUAUGCACAAAUUAAAUGUUUUCAGUCGCCCGUCAUUACCUGCCUCAGAGCUCAUAAACAGUUGCUAAAGGGCGAUAUUUCUCUGGUUAAAUGGUUAAACUUUCCGGCCAUCGUUCACUUGCCAGCCAGAUUUCAGCAACCUGAAGUUCUAGGUAACUAUACAUCUAAUUAGCGCGUAGAAUUUUCGACUGUUUUUUCUUGGAAUUCAUUAUAAAUUUAUUUUAAUGAAUAUUUGUAUUACUCCAUGAAAACUUCAAAAUACGAUUUGUCACAACGCACGAAUCGUUUCUAAAGUACGCCACUCACAUUUAUUGGUCUAUCACUUGUGUGACUAGUAUUUUCUAAUCUACGACGUUUAAUGGCAACUGACCAAAAAAAUUGACAAACGUAAACUUACACGGCUAUUAUACGUUGUAUUCAAGUUGCAACGCCGAAAAAAAUGUAAUGAAAUGAAAGGAUUAACACCAAGCAUUAGUCUAUAGAAAAAGAAAAGCGAGGAAAAUACAGUCCUUCGUCCUCGCUAAACAGGUAGCCAUAGAAAUUUCGACUAAGUGUACAGAAUUUGCAGUGAGAUCGGAAAGUAAACGCUAGCAAUUUGCGUAUCAGUUAGAAGAAUAUAAUACAGACCUUCCAAAAUUUGUCUUUUUUCAUAGAGGAUAACCGAGCAUAGUUUUACCUGAAUCUCACAGUAUUCUUCCAAUUAUUUGCGGGAACGAUACAAGUUUUUUUAUAACAAAUUGAACUGAAUAGGCCUGUUAGAGAUACGUUUUUUAUCCUUAGAUUGCAAGAAGCGAAGAAAAGAAAAAUUCCUUUUAGCACGAUAUUUUCCGUCAAGUAUAAAAAACUAAUACAGUACUGUGUACUGUGUUGGGCUCACUGAGGUUUUUUAGUUUUUUUUUCAAAAGUCAGUACCAACAUUUUUACAAAGAACUUCAAUAGCAUGAAGCAGUCUUCAUGUACAUUCCUUUGCGGGUUGAUUUUUGAAUAAGUUUUAAAUCGUCACUUGAGAGCUAUUGAAUUUAUCCAGAUCACGAGUUUCCUAAGCCACAAAAGAGACACAGACCAAAAUACAUUUUAAUGAUAAUGUCUGAGCUUAAAAUACUGUAAAUUGAACACAUUUAAUUGUUACUUUUAAACCGUUUUCUAGUUCGUUACUGAUAAGUUAGAAUUAUAUUACAAAUUUGUUUUUAUUGAAUCAGAUAUAGAUUCCCAGAAGGGAGUCAUCAUAGUCGGUGCAUCCAGAUCUUGCCCCAUCCUUAGGCUUAGGCCUGUUUCACGACGCGCUGCCAAAAGAGAUCUUUAGAUUCUGAGACGAGUACGACUACGAGUACGAGAUGUUCCCAAUACCAAGUAGGGCUUGCCCGUGAACUAGCGUCAUUUUGGCGGGAAACAUGAUUGCAUUCUACUACGAGUUUUAGCGAGAAUGUCGUGGUAACGGAAACAAGUUAUAAAGUGUUAGAGGUUUUAUCAUUUUACGGCCGGGAGAUGGCCUAAGCUCCUUCAGUUAAGAGAAAAAUGCUAAUUUUUUGUUGAAGAAGUGCAAUGAAGCUAUCCGGGGUGUCUAUAAUUUGAGAAUACGCGAAUAUACUUUAAGUCAAAUCUUGUACUCGUAGUCGUUCUCGUCCUAGAAUAUAAGUCUCUAAUGUGUCCGGCCAAUGUGCUCGAGCGAUUCGUCUCGGCAACGUCAAAGAAAUGAAAUGACCGAGAACGCCUAGGGAUACGCUGCACAGUGAAGGGACUGUGGGUAAUCCAGAGUAUUUAGUAAAGCUCGCUUAAUCAGUGCGCUUUAAUUGGUCAAUUACUCCCAAUUGCUAGUAAGUGAAUGCUGGCAAAAGCUAGCGCGUGCUCGGAGCAUUUCGUUCCAAGUUAUACAGUAAGAUGUCGCGUUUAUUAGCAGUGAUGAACACUAAAUCUUACGACUUUUUCAUAGGGUCUUAAUGAUUGUUUAUUUUUUUCUUUCAUUAGGUGACGCGAUCAAACUAAGAAAAAUGACAUAUAUUAAAUUUGAUUUUAUCAAAACUCAUUUUCAUAUGCAUUCUAACUUCCGGCUCAACAUUAAAAGUUGAAGGGGUUAAAUGUUAAAGAAACCGUUCUGUUACGCGGUGGGGAAGUAAAAAAAGGUUUUAUUAACUGAGUUGAUAAAGAAUUCUGUCCAAAAGCCGAAGAAUAUUGAGAUUUAGAACCCCUUUUUAAGUCAAAAAGAAAACAAUAAACAUCAAUUUAGUUCCAAGUAUUUUUUCUGGGGCUUUUAAUGUUACAGCCAGCCCACAAAUAAAUCGUGAUUGGCAGGUAUUAUACAGAAAACAAAACGCACAACAAUAGGAAAUAAUAGAAGCCAUAAUAAACAACUUUGAAAUUUACUUACACUAUUUUUUCUUUAAAUAAGAAAUCUGUGUAUCUUUAGUUCGACGACUCAACUAUAAUUUUUUUCAAUACGAUAGUCGCAAUUGCGAAUUAAUAAGGAAAAGUUUUUAACGAUGGCUUCUACUAUACAUUUCUUUACCUUAUGCCGAAUAAUGAAAUAUCACGAGUUUCGGUAACCAGGAAGUUCUCAAACCGCGCCUUCAGUCGAGUCCAAAAACUGAAUGAGAUCAAAUAUUUCUUGAAAUAAAAAUGAAAUGGUUGGUCCCAGAUACUGGAAGCGAGGAUAUAGGAGCUGGAUGUUUUACAUUAAAUUGCGAUUUUCGUAUAGAGAUUCAAUGUACUGUGGAUAUUAUCGUUACGAUUGGAUAAAAAUGUAAUAACAGUCUAUUUCGUAGUUAAUCUUUUCCUAGACAGCUGACGUCAAGCUCACGCUGAUUACAAAUUAACCUGAACAUUUUUUAAACUGUCUCCUCUUGGUUCUUCCACCAAUAUGUCGUGCUUGCCAUCAAAUACAACGUUUUAAAUUAUAUCUUUUACUUCGGCAGCUCGUGAUCUUUAAGCGACGUCAUGAAUUUGUUCCUGUUGAAGUUAUUUGUUCUUUGCUGCGGUGUCAUGAAGGUUGUGAUCUUAAACUUGGUGGACUUCGCUACCGCUCAGGUAGACGAAACUUCAGGUAAGGAAGUUGCUACUUUUUAAAUUAAGUUUUAAAUUACAAGUCUACGUUUUUCUGGGAAAUCAGGCCGAUUUUUUUUGGGUCAACUUUGUUGACGUAAACUGCGUAGGAUUGCUUUGGAUUAUUUUAGGUGGUCUUAUCAUGUUUACAAGAAGUCGCUUUACUUAAAAAUGGCUUACAGCCAUUACACACGAUAAGCAAAGUGCAGUUACGUUACAAUAUUAUCCCACAUUAAAAGGCCAUUCACGCACAGUUUCCUUGUGCCUCAAUACCAUUUUGCUUGUUUAGUUUUUCUCAAACCAUGUUGGUAUUUUUUUUCAAUCCUUUAAAAUCCCCUGGCGAAGUUAAUCGUAUUCUGAUCAGACAAUUCUAUUUUCCUAAGAAAAAUGAUGCGAUUUCAAAUCUGAAAAUUCGAUGUUCAUGACUGGGGCUAUGUAUUUCUUUUUCUUUUCUUUUUUUUUUUUUUAUCUAACUUUCAUGCAGCAAUCAUUUUAUAAAAUUAGUAGACAUCUUUCAAGCGCCUUGAAAUACGUUCGACACUUCAAGCGUGAAAAUUGUCUGCAAACUAGGUUGUCUUUAAUAUUUAAUGAUAUAAAAACAUCGCAGUUACUAACAUAGCGUGCCAGAAAUGUAGACAAGUUACAAAUGACUAUGGCAACAAAUUGAUUUCAUGAGAAGUGUGAUGGUUUGGAUUCAAGAACUAGAAAUUUAGAAACAUUAUAACAUCCUGAUAACUCAAUUUUCCUUAGAAAAUGAGGCCUCUUUUUUUUUAGUUUUGCCCGUGGGUUUGUUUUAAUGAAUGCCGCUACUCCACUGGCGGGCUUUAUUAAAUAAAACCUCCAUGAUUUAUUUCGAUCUGAGAAAAAAACAAUUAGGGAAAGUACAUGUCUUUCGUAAAAGAAAUUUUAUUCCAAAAAUUAGCUUUAACUUAUAUAGGUAGCAUUUGAAACGUAACAGCAGAUACAGUUCCGUUGUUAGUCAUUUUUCGAGCGAUAUUGAAAAUUAUGAUGGUCGCGGUUGACUAUGAAAUAAAUGUCUGUAUUCGAAUUCUCGCUUGUAGGAAUAUGCGACAUUCAAGUAACGAACACUUGGAGAAAAAAUUGGGUCAAAUGAUCAAUUACCAUUGUGUCAGAUUUUUCAUCUCGGUUACUCCUGAGGUAUAUUUUGGCUAGUUUCGUGGUCAACAGCGAAUCAUCGCUUUACCGCGGGAAAUCCGGUCUCUGGAAUACAUUUAUAACUCUAUUUUAGGUUAUGAAGGAAAUUAUAUACUUCGACUGAAAAGGAAACCAGUCAAAGUGUACGACAAAACUGUGAGUUGUUCAAAUCUGUGAUUUACAUCUGUUUUGGGAAGCUUUUGCUCUUUGACGAAUGAAAAACGCAAUAAACGCCAUUUUUACUGACAUUGAAAGCCGGUUUUUAAAUGUCCGGCUGUUUGGUUGCCCCUCGCGUUACAAAAUGGUCAUGCCUUUACAAGGGAAAUAUAUAUGGCUUACAAAAGUACUUUUAUCUUUAUUCAAAAUCAUACAUGAUUCUAUCAAGAAAACAUUGUUCAACCUUUUAAAAAUUAAAUAGAAAAAAUCUUUAAAAUUACUUUAAAUGCAUAUCCGCGACUGCCUUAAAAUAGAAUCUGUUUUGACUAUAUUCCUUUUAUAUCGGUAAGCAGCUUAUUUGAAUCAAGCGACAUUUUUAAAAGAAAUACGUAAGGUCUUGCCAUAAAACGGCUCUUUUCACGAAAUCUAUUAGCAAGAUUGCUUUCGUAUAGUGAGAUAGGAGGUCAUUUAUCCGAACGAUGGGGAGAAAACUACAGGUUUCCGUAACUUUCGCAUGACCUUGGUUUUUUGCGCUUUAAUACGCGGUUUGAAUUUAUUUGACAUACAUAUUAGAAACUCGUCAUCAACAUAAACGACGUUAAAUUUAGACGUUUGAUAUGGAGUAGCCUUACUUUAGUUUUGCUUUCGUGAAACAGCGGGGAUAAAUACAAAUUAGUUUUUGUUAUACACAUAUCACACGUGGGAAUAAUAUUAAAACGGUCUGUGUUCUUGUUAAACCUUUUAAUUCUCUGCAUGGAAGAAAAUUAAGGUCGACGCUCAAAUAUUCGUUUUUACUAUGAACACCUUUCAGUCGGAAACUCAUAUCGUCAAAAACGUCGGCUUUUUACAAAAUUUCAUUAUUUAACAUCCACGAAGACAAAUUCUAAUGUAAAAAAAGUUCCUUCUGGCGCCGCGUGGCUUUUAAGUGUUAACUGAAAAAUAAUUGAGUUUGUUUCAACAUUUUUCGAAUAUGCUAAAAUUGAAAUUGAUCUGUUAGCGUUAAUUCUUUGAAAUAGUUUUCAAGGUGUUGUCAUGUAAUCUGAUAAAACUAAAAACGCAAUGGCUUGUAUUUGCGUUUUAAGGAUUUAAAUGGCAAAUGGUGCAGUAUCUGAGUUGACAUACACAGGUUUUAUUGGUACUAAAAACUAAGUUAUUAAACAUAUCGAUUUCCUAUAAGAAAUUGUAUAAUUUAUGUUUUUCGCACGCUUAUUUUGUUCAAAUUUCUUUGGAAUUUUCUUUUCGUAGAACCUAGCUAGUAACGUAUAAAUUUAAAUGUUUAACAACGAUAGAAGUGAAGUCUCAGUAGUAAAUUCUCUUGCUGUAAGCGCAGGUCAUAUUCACGAUUUCCAGUGUGAUAAGAACGGCUUGGAAACUAAAAUUUGAUAGCAUUUUGUUUUGAAUAAGGGUAUGGGCAUGAUUUUCAGUUGAACAUGCCUAGCGAGCGUAAAAAUCGCAUCCAAUCUGAGGAUUAAUGAGAGAGGGAAAAUUUUAUAUAUUUAGGCAUGACAAAAUUCAAGGGAACAUUGGUACUUAGAAAUAACAUCUCAUAGGCAUGGAAAAAAUGGGUUCAUGCCCUCGCAGCCCAAAAUUGACCCAGCUAAACUUAGGUCCCAGAUCUCUCGCCGGGUUGAUAAUUCAUUCCCAGUUUUUUGCAUGCCGGGCAUGCCGAUGGUGAAGCCACUUGGUUUGGCAUGCCCGGCAUACGGCCAGGCAAGAAAUUGGCAUGCCCAACGAGACUGAUUUUGAUUUUCGCUUCAGCAUCAUAUCCUGCGAAUCACAUAUAAUCGCCAAUUAUAUCUUAGAGAGCUUGAAGUUACAGGUUUCAUGCCUGGCAAUAAAUGCAGAUUAUAACAAAAAAAGUCAUGUUUGUCACAAUGUGUGUCACGGGAUCGCCUGCAAAACUGAAGACAGAAGCCUGGAUUUAUAAAUAAAAAGCACAACAAAACAACAUUAUUCAUGCAUAAAAUAAAAUACUUAACUUGCAAUCAAAGAUCAAUCCUUUUAUUUCAAACCGAUACUGACAUUUCUGGGUCCAGAUUUAAAUUUGAUCGGGGAAAAGCGUCUUAAACAAUAAGAUAACAAAUCUUCUCAGUAUGAACUUAUCCAUGCUUAAGUUUUAUGGCGUCGGAAUGUUUCCCGGCCAACAGCAUCAAAAGACUGGUGAAAAUUAAGCUUACCAGGUCGUUCAAGUCAAUACGAGAGUACGACGUUAAUACUGCAAAGACGUUCUGAUUUGGUGAAUUUGGACUGCCUUCUCAGAGAGAUUUUGCUUAGUUUUUCAGUGCGCUCCUUGUCGGCUAUGCGAAUCUCGCAAACUGUUUUACUCACCUUGCUGACGAUAAACCUUUGAGCAACGUCAUCAGCGUCAUCCGAAGAUACCCCGAGCACGCACGAAAUCGGCCGAAUUUCCGCAGAAGUGUUUUCGGAUGACGAGGAAUCUAGUUUGUUGUAGCGUGGCAGUUGUGGCGUCACGAUGUCGUCAUGUCUCUUCGCACUUGUUUGUCUUUUUUUUCUGCGGUGCAUGGUUGAGAUGUUGGUGAAUGCUGAACAAGAAAUGGAUUCUGCGAGAGACUGUAAGUACAAAUUUAGUAUUAAUUUGGUAAAGAAAAAGCCUGAAUAUUGAACAAAUCCCGUGAAUUAGCCUUUAGGCAUUCAGUUUAUCUUGCUGUUGAGCAUGCCUAAGAACUCCGGCAUAAGUGGUUGUCAUCUCGUUCACUUCGGAUUGUUUCUGUUUGUAUGUCUUGUAAUCUUCUUCUGCUAAGAAGAUUAGAGAAAACUUCAACAAUAAGAAACCAAAGCUAAAAAAAGUCAGAUCUAAUUUUAUAGCUUGAGUAUAAUUAUUUUUGGCACCUACGGUCAUAUUUUUUUCACUGUACUGGUAAAGUUACUUAUUUUUGCUGCAUAGUUUGACUGUUGUUUGAAAGACAAUCAAACGGAUAGUACAAUCACUUUUGGAGACAAAAUAAAAUAUCCGUAAAUCAAAUGCCAAAAUCAGAUUUGGAUUUCGCUUUAAAAAAAUGAACAUGCCGCGUGUGUCAAAGCAAAGUUGUAAACAACUCAAUAUAAGCAGUCUGUGAAUGUGCGUUUAGGUCCACAAAACUAAUUUUUCUUUUGGACAUCUCAUCCAAGCAAAGACUUAAGGCUUACAUUGCUUGUCUACGAGUGUACUACAAAGUGCUUUGCUACAGUAAGCCUCUGAGAGGCGAUUCUGGUAAAUUUAUAGGACGCUAAAAUGCAAAUAAUUUUAAGCUUAAACAACCUGGCUGGGUCCGACUUUUGAAUUACAAAAUGCCCACGUUUGCCGGCUCUACUUUCAAUGAACAUGGUUUUUGAAAUGAUUUUGUACUAUUUUAUGAUUAAAUUAUGAUUGGGUUAUAAAGCUUUUAAAACGGACGAAAACUAAGCUAAUAAACAUGUUCAAUGUAAAAAACUAAGAUUUAGUCGCUUUUUCAACUUUGAUUUGUGGGCCGAAAAAUUUACCUUUACGCAAAAACAAAAGCAAACAAUGAGGCUUUUAUUCGACAUAUUUUCUGAGAAUUUUAUCUGAUCAAUUUAAUGUCACUAGAAUUAUUUUCGUAUAGGAAUUUUCCUAAUUAUAUGAGCUUUUAAUUUAAUAAUUUUGAUACUCUAUAAACUUCUCAUUUGAUAGCCUCACUUUUUUAUACACCGAUUGAGAAACAAAUUCGCACUCGUUAAAUCCUAUUUUAUGACCUGUUUAUUAGAACUCUAGGUAACAUACGAAAUGAUGCAACAGGACAACCUUUGGUCCUAAUUUAUUUUUUCUUCGCAACUCCUAAUCAGUUGACGGGCUGUGAGAGAAUAUCGCCACAAAAAGAUGCAAAAAAUUUUUCGCUGAGUUUCCUUUACAUAUUCCGGCUUUAUAUGGGUUUACACCUUACCUGCUUAAAAAUGAAACUGUUGUUCAAUUAAGUGUCAGUCAAACUCGGUAUAAUCUUGACUUGCAAAUCCAAAUGCAAAGGUUUAUUUCGCAGUAGAAAAGCGUGUAAACAUCAUCGAACAGCGCAAUGUAAAUUGGCUAAUGUGAAACCACGUUUCUUUCACUUUAUUUACCAUGCAUUCAUCUCAAUUGCACACUCUUGUAAAAUUAGCCUCAGACAAUUAGUUGCGACCUUUAACAGACUCAACAAGCCAGUAUGAAAAUAUGUUAAGAGAAGCUGAGUCUUCAUGUUCUAUUUCUUUUUUUCAUAUUGCCCUUGCAUGUGUUAACAUUCCAUUUCUUUUUUGUUACAGGUAACUUCCAGACAUGACGAGGAGAUAAUUACUUUUCUAGAGAGCAAUUCUUUGAUACUGUCAGUUAUUACUGACUUACUUUGAGUUAAAAACAAAGAACACAGACACUGGUAAUGACACAAAAACAUUAAUCCCUGGCAAGCCUACAAAACAAGAAAGAGGAACUCAGACUUUCUAACAGCUUUUCUAACGUAGGGAAAAUUGCGUUAGAGAGAUUUGUAAUUGCAACGUUAUAUUCAAGCACAUUGCAUUGUCAAACAUCAUAAUUUACUGAAUAAUGAACAGUGAUUUUGGGGCUUAGCUCAGUUUGUAAUGAACUUUGAAAGAUAUUCUAUAACCUUGUAUUUUUAAAAGCUUUCAUGGAACAUAGAUGCAUUUUAUUAUACAAUGAAAAUAGUCUCUGUCUCUCUUUUUACUGAUUUCAGUCAAUUCCAUUUUAUUCGCAAUGUGAAAGGGAAUCCUAUUAAAGACUCAUUAAAAGGGGUGAGGAGUUUUUACAAUCCCCCAACAGGUCAUCUCCACGAUGACGCUGUUUUAUUACUACGGACGAAUCCCUCAGGGUUUUACUUGCUUGCGAAAAUUAGAGCUUUUGUUAUUUAAAGUUCUCUGGGACAACCAAAUCUAUGAAAAUGAAAGGAAUAGCAAUGACGUCAUCGUGUAACCGUACAUCAAAAGAUAAGCACUGUGAUCUGUUUAGUUUUUUUUUUGUUUUUAGCCAGGCUUAAAAUAUCUGUAGAUUCAAGGAAUUAUAACCUGUGCGUUGAGAGCAUGCCAGAGACCAAUUUUGGCAUGCCCGGCAUGACCCAGAUUAUGGCACGCCCGGCAUUCCAGAGAAUUUAGCAUGCCGGGCAUGUCAGAAAAUUUGGCAUGCCCGGCAUGCCGGAGAUUUUGCUGGGUAUGAAUUACUUAUUACUAGAACCUAGGCUUCUCGCGGCCUGGGUGAGAAGGUCACAGAACCUCAAAUUAUGCUUACAGGGCAUGCGAAAUUCUGUUGCAUGCCAAUUUCAAUGCAAAACCUCUCUGGGGCAACCCCCUCGAUUACCAGUGAGCAAAUCAUUGACGAUAGGCAUGCGAAAAAUCCUUGCAUGCUAACCAACAAUGAAAACAUAGCAGAAAUGUCCUCAAUUGCUGAGUCAUGCCCUAGGGGAGGCUUUAAAAUACAGAAUUUCCUGACAUGGAUGAGGGAAUUUUCCGUAAACAGCAUGUGAUCAUGCCGGCUAGGACGUAUUGCCCCUUUUUACAGCUAGCUAGGCUCAUUUUUAGGUUCCAUGGCCUGAAAUGACGAAAAAUUCAUGCCCUAAAUGUAAAAAGUCCAAAAACGUCCUCGAAAUUUUAGUUUCCAAGCCGUUUAAGAGAGAUAAAAAUUGUGCAAUUUUCCAGGUAAACAAGGCCUUGUUUUAACCUGCAAACAUAAGUAUAGUUUAAUUGUCGCCUCCCUUAUUCACUAAGCCCUCUUCUAGAACAUUUUCCAAUUUUAACGGAAUAAAAUAUCCGC